UCAGUCGCUGCUGUGCUCCACUGGAGGGAUGCUCGCAGACCGGCUUGGACGACGACGAGCUCCGUGCUAAGAUUUUUUUCCCUCCUCUGUGUGUGGAUGUUUUGCGAGGAAAAAAUGGCCACCGGCCGGCGGUGAAGCAUCAACAGCGGGAUUGUCGGACCGAGGCGUCCCGUGAAACCCUAUGGAUGUACGUGGAGGCCGCCCGCCCGGAGCUAAUCGACGCGCCGCCGCUCUCCUCCCCUCUCAUUCCGGGCCAAGUGUUUUGCUGUGACCACUACUUGGCUGGCAUGCCACUCCGAAAAGCAGUUUCGUCCUGGAAUUCGACACAGGGUGACGUCACACAGCCCACACUUCCAUGGGGUGUCGGUCCUCUUUCCACCCUUCCACCCUUCCAUUUUCAUUUCACUUUACUUUCAUUGUCACUAUAAAUGUACAUGAAAAAAAGUCAGUAUUUAUGAAAAUAAUAAAGUAUAAAAUAAAAAUAUAUACAGCAAUAAAUAAUAAUGGAAAUCUAUAUGUAUGACAAUAGGAAGAAUACCAUAGCUGAAUAUGUGCUACAUCCCUAAUCUUCAUAUAGAAAGAAGAUCACCACAAUUAUAAAUUCCUGCCUUGGAUACACACAGUGCACGUACGACUUUGAUCUGAUAUGCACAGUUUAUGAUUAUAUACACAAACACACACUUAUAUUGCAUCAAAAUUAACUUUGUCUUGCAAUAUCAAAAGAAACUUUUAAAAGAAACUUUUUCAGCAUAAAAAAAAAAAAAAAAAAAGUGAGUUUGCUUACCUCUGCUCGUCGAUGGCGUCACCCACGUGUUCAAAUCCGUCACUAUCUUCACUCGAGGACUCUUCUGAAGAAGACGAUGAUGACGAAUUUGGACCAUCCUCUUCCUCAAGUUGAUCAAAAAGCACAAUUGCUUGCGCUAAAUUUAGUUUUCCGUUCAUUCUCAAAGUCACACAAAGUCGCUGCUCGAUCCAAACGGCCGUCGCUCGCCACCUCGCUGCUUCAGAACACUCCUCCCUCUCGUUCGGUGGAACCUCGCACGGCAGUUAUAUUUAUUUUUUAAAAAAACGCAUUUUGUGCUUCUACUGUGACUUCGAAAGGGUUUGUUUGAUUUGUGUUUUUUUCAUGGAGCUUCCGUUUUGAAAAAGGACAAGAAAUGAUGGAAAUAUAGACAUAAACAAAUGAUCCAUGCAGUGAUUUAAUGUUUUUUUGAGAGGACAAUAAAACUAUAAAACUUAAAUGACAAUAUCUCACGUUUUAGUUGGUCGAUUGACUUCAAAUAAUAACGAGAGUAAACCGCAAAUUCCGCACUUUAAAACGAGACCAACCAACGGCAUGUGGGUGACGUAAUCAAAACGUGAGGGCGCUUCAAAGACAACGUGCGCUGAGGACGCGCCGUCGCGUCCUUCGACUCUCAAGGGUUAAGCAGACUCCACUACAUGCCCUUUGACACAAUAAAGUGAAUCACCUUAUCCGGGCUAAUGAGGGGGAGAUGAGAAAAAUGGUACAGUUUCUCGUAGGCACCGUCUAACUGUUUGCAUUACUCUAACACACGUAAUAUAAUUAAUCAGGAAAUAGUAUCGUUUUCAUAUUUACUGUAGGACUGCACUACUAAUAUAAAAUAAAUAGCACACCAUAGUUUAAUGAGAAGAAAGAGAAGAGAUACACAAUGCCGUCUCAUCACAGAAGCCGAACGCGUGCGUCACGAACAAGAUUGACGCACCAACUCUUGCAAUCUGCUCUCCCAGCAAACUCCAAAGACAAAGCGCUUUGUCCCAAAACAAGUAGAGAUAGCCCGGACAACAAAGGUCAUAGCGGGCGUCCCAUCCGCGCACGAACCUAAGCCGCCCAAAACCGGCCACAGAGGGGAAGACCCAAAAGCAACGCCCAGACACACCUUCGGACACACCUUCGACACGGCCCGCUCCACCAAGGACUUUAAAAAGACUGAACACUGAGAUAACACAGAUUUUGCUGCUCGGAAACAUGUAGCCUUGUUUUGGAUCCAGAAUUGUCCCUAUCCCCAUAUAUAUGACGUUCUAUAGAUGAUGGUUUCUUAUCCCUUCAAUGUUCAUCAAUCGACAGUCAGAAAAUUGUCUACAAAUGUAGAGAGUUUGGCACGGUUGCUUCUCUCCCAAGGAGUGUCCGUCCACCAAAGAUGAUGCCAAGAGUUCAGCACAGAAUCCUCAGAGAGGUAAAAAAGAACACUAGCGUGUCUGCUAUUGACUGACAGAAAUCACUGGCAGUCUAAUAUCUCUGUGCACACAUCAACUAUAUGUAAAACGAUGGCCAAGAAUGGUGUUCAUGGAAAGACUCCACGGAGGAAGACACUGCUGUCUAAAAAAAACAUUGUUGCUCGUUUAAUGUUCGCAAAAAGGCACUCGGACACUUCACAGAGGUUUUGGCAAAAUAUUUUGUGGACUGAUGAAACCAAAGUUGAAUUGUUUGGGAGUAACACACAAUGUCAUGUGUGGAGGAAAAAUGGAACAGCUCACCAACAUCAACACCUCAUCCCCACCGUGAAGCAUGGUGGAGGGAGCAUCAUGAAUUGGGGUUGUUUUGCUGCCUCAGGGCCUGGAUAACUUGCAAUCAUUAAUGGAAGAAUGAAUUCAAGGUUUAUCAGGAUGUUUUGCAGGAAAACCUGAGGCCAUCUGUCAGAGAGUUGAAGAUACCAAGAGGAUUGAUGCUGCAAAAAGACAAUGAUCCAAAACACAGAAAGUAAAUCAACUUUGGAAAGGUUUCAGAAGAACAAAAUACACGUACUGGAGCGGCCAAGUCAAAGUCCAGACUUGAACUACAUUGAGAUGCUGUGGCAUGACCUAAAGACAGCGAUUCAUGCAAGACAUCCCAGAAUUCUGACUGAACUACAACAGUUUUGUAGAGAGGAAUGGGCCACAAUUAGUCCUGAUCGAUGUGCCAGACUGAUCUGCAGCCACAGGAAGCGUCUGGUUGAAGUUAUUGCUGCCAAAAGGGGGAGGGGGGGCACAAAAUAUUCAAUGUGAUGGUUCACUUACCGUAAUUUCCCGAAUAUAAGGCGCACCCGUGUAUAAUGCGCACCCCAAAUUUACUUGUAAAAUCUAGGGAAAAUUAUUGUACCCGUUUAUAACGCGCACCCUAAUUUUAGAAGAAAACAGAGCUUGUGUACAGAUACAGAGAUGUCAUUUUACUGACUGGUGAAACACAGCACAAGCAUAGCACAUUGGUAGUUCAAAACAUUACCGUAAACUGACAAUAUUUACGGUAAUAAUAUGAUUUGACAACUUCUCCAACUUACCAGAAUCUAGGAGAAAACAAAACAGACGUGACUUUUCUUUUAAAGGCUGCUGUAUAACUUGCUCGUUUCCUCAUGAUGAAUAAAUUUUUUUUUCCAUGGAUUGAUACGGUAAAAUGAAAGUGAGAACGUAAGUCGGAAAUCCGUGAGAGCUCAUAGCUGUCAACUCGACAGUAACAAAAGGAACUAUUGUUAUUUGGGUUUGAGUUUCCCGAGGGACCGAUAUAGUUGACGGACAUAGGAAGUGUGUGUCCUUACAUUUGUUAUAGUCCGAAUUGCGGAGCUGCAAUAAACGUCGACUCAAAUGAGUUUAAGAAACUAAAUUCUGUGCUUUAUGAAGAGUGAAAAAAGCAGAAUUUAACACAGACGAAAUCAUUCGGCCGAUUAGAGUGAAGUAUUACCGAAACAAAACGGUGACGUCACGUACCGUAAUGGUCGGCAACGGGUCGCCGCAUACGUUUCUUCAACACAACGUGGCCGUGUCAAUGAAAAAAAAUCGGUUUAUAUAUAUAUAUAUAUAUGUAAUACAUACAUAUUUCUGUCUCCAUCCAUGUACCCGUUUAUAAUGCGCACCAUGAGUUUACAAGUUGAUUUUGGGGAAAAAAAGUGCGCGUUAUAUUCGGGAAAUUACGGUACUUAUUUUUCCCCCUUCCCUUCCCCCUUCCUUUGCAUACAAUCCUCAUUAAAAUAUGAAAACCUAUACGUUUGGGUGGUUUUAGUUAAGGCAGACACUGUUUUUUCAUCUGUGUGAUUUUGACAAAGAUCAGAUCACUUUUUGACAGAUUUCACAGAUUUGAUGUUGAUUUUAUGCAGAAAUGUGAGAAAUUCCAGAAGGUUCAGAUACUUUUUCAUUCCACUGUAAUAUGUGUUAGCUGCACUCCUGAAACAGAAACCAAUUGAGAAGUGUUACAAGUGUAUCAAACCCCUUUUAUCAUUUCAAGUCCAUGUCUAAACGUAGAAGCAACAGUUAAAUCCUAAUGAGUCUUGUGAUUGUUACACUAGGUACCUAAAUACUGUGACACACAUUUGGUCUCAUAAGUGACAUUUCAGCUUUUUUAGUACACAUUUGACAAAAAUCGCAAGUGCCGUUUUCACAAAGUACUUUACGUGCUUCACCCCCAUGUUUUUCUACCUAAAUGGCCCAUUCCUCUGGGCAUAUUGGUCACUUGCCUCUACCCGUUCUUCUUCCAAAGCCACGUGCACCCCUGCGGUGUCAGGGGGGGAUCAGCUGCACCAGUCUCUACAGGACGCAGACACACACACACACACACACACACACACACACACACACACACACACACACACACACACACACACAUACAGUACGCGUACACUUAUACGCACACAGUCACACAGCGGGCCGACUGGCAAACAAAGCCACUGGCACUGCCAUGCUUCUCUCCUUCUCACGCCUUGGCGAGGGGAAGGCAUGACACCGCCGUCACCACCGCCUUUCCUUGUCGAAGAGAUAUCGUGGAAGGAAGGGAAGAGAAGUCCGAGUCUUUAAAGAAUAAAUAUACAUGUUGAGAUGCUGGCAGGACACAGAGAAAACAGCAGGGCGAGCUUCGUCCUAAGCAAGCCUCUCAAGAUGAACAUGGUGAAGAGGAUCAUGGGGCGGCCGCGUCAGGAGGAGUGCAGUCCCCAGGACAAUGCCCUGGGCCUGAUGCACCUGCGCCGCCUCUUCUCUGAACUAUGCCACCCUCCCAGACACAUGACGCAAAAGGAGCAGGAGGAAAAGCUCUACAUGAUGCUGCCCGUCUUCAACAGGGUGUUCGGGAAUGCGGCGCCCAGCAGCAUGAUGGAGAAGUUCUCAGACCUGCUGCAGUUCACCACGCAGGUGUCUCGCCUCAUGGUGACCGAGAUCAGGCGCAGGGCCUCCAACAAAUCCACUGAGGCAGCCAGCCGCGCCAUUGUUCAAUUUCUGGAGGUGAACCAGAGCGAGGAGGCCAGUCGUGGCUGGAUGCUCCUCACCACCAUCAACCUGUUGGCCUCCUCUGGGCAGAAAACUGUGGACUGCAUGACAACCAUGUCUGUGCCGUCCACACUGGUUAAAUGUCUCUACCUGUUCUUCGACCUCCCGCACAUGGCAGAGGCCCCAGUGGGUCCUGCUGCUCCACCACCCCCACCUGCUACAACGUCACCGCCACCCUCCCAGGAGAAGACGCCCGGCCCGGGCCACCCCUCCAUGGAACUUCCGCUGGCCGACCGCAGGGUGCUGCUACAGAAAGUCUUUGUUCAGAUCCUGGUCAAGUUGUGCACGUUCGUUUCCCCUGCUGAGGAGUUGGCCCAGAAGGACGAUCUCCACCUUUUGUUCAGCGCCAUCACGUCAUGGUGCCCGCCUCACAAUCUUCCCUGGAGGAGGAGCGCUGGAGACGUGCUCACCACCAUAUCGCGACACGGACUCAGUGUUAACGUUGUCAAAUACAUACACGAAAAAAAAUGCCUGUCCACGUGCGUGCAGAACAUGCAGCAGUCUGACGAUCUUUCCCCACAUGAGAUCGUGGAAAUGUUUGCCGGCCUGUCCUGCUUCCUUAAGGACUCUAGCGACGUGUCACAGACGUUGCUGGAUGACUUCCGCAUGUGCCAGGGAUACAACUUCCUUUGCAAUCUCAUGCUCAGGCUGGAACAGGCUAAGGAGGACGAGUCGCGGGACGCUCUGAAGGACCUAGUCAACCUGGUGACGUGUUUGACCACCUAUGGUGUAACUGAGCUCAAACCCGCCGGUCUGACCACCGGAGCGCCAUUCUUGCUGCCAGGAUUCGUCCUUCCGCAACCCUCCGGCAAAGGCCAGACAGUGCGCAACAUCCAAGCGUUCUCGGUGCUGCAGAACGCCUUCCUCCAAGCCAAGAGCGGCCGGCUGGCUUGCACGCUGCUGGACGCGGUGGGCAGCGUUUACGCCGCUGACCCCGCCAACUACUUCAUCCUUGAGUCACAACACACACUGUCCCAGUUUGCCGAGCGUGUGGCCCGCCUGCCCGAGGAAGCGCAGGCCAAAUACUUCCAGCUGCUGGAGUUCGUGGUCUUCAGUCUCAACUACGUGCCGUGCAAGGAGCUGUUCAGCGUUAGCGUGCUGCUCAAGGCCAGCGCCUCACACGCAUGUAGCGUGACGGCCGUGCGAGCACUUUUGAGAAUGGCGCGCCACGAUCCAGUCUUUGGGGACGUGCUGAGGGAGGUUGGGCUCCUGGAGGUGCUGGUCAACCUGCUGCAUAAAUACGCCGCCCUCCUCAAGGACCCCGCCGCUCAGCAGCAGCACGACCAUGACCAAGCGGAGUGUAAAAACAACACGGUUGCAGAGGAGCAGAAGCAGCUGGCCUGGUUAGUCAUGGAGACGCUCACCGUUCUCCUGCAAGGCUCACACACGAUGAACACCAAUGCGGCAUUGUUCCGCGAGUUCGGUGGCGCGCGGUGCGUACACAACAUCAUCAAGUACCGUCAGUGUCGCGAGCACGCCCUGCUCAUUAUUCAGCAGCUGGUUCUGUCGCCCAGCGGCGACGACGACAUGGGAACACUACUGGGACUCAUGCAUUCGGCGCCGCCCGCGGAACUCACGCUCAAGACCGACAUACUCAGGGCUCUGCUGUCAGUGCUGCGCGAGAGCCACCGUACGCGCACAGUCUUCCGUAAGGUGGGCGGAUUUGUGUAUGUCACGUCUCUGCUGGUGGCCAUGGAGCGCUCUUUGUGUCUGUGCCAGCCGAAUCGCAGCGGCUGGCAUGGUACCAACAACCAGCACCACCACCAGAGCCCCAACCAAAACCAAGUGUUUGAGCUGCUGCACACCGUUUUCUGCACGCUCACCGCCGCCAUGCGCUACGAACCCGCCAACUCGCACUUCUUCCGCACGGAGAUCCAGUACGAGAAGCUGGCCGACGCUGUCAGGCUGCUGGGCUGUUUCUCCGACACCAAGAAGCUGGGCGCCACCACUGUCUUUCCGUCCAACUCGGAGCCCUUUCAGCGACUUCUUGAGGAGGAGGCGGCCCCCGGUGGUGACAGCGUGUGUCCCACCCUCAGACACUGCGCAAAACUCUUCAUUUAUCUUUAUAAAAUGGCCACAGACUCCUUUGACAGUCGCGCGGAGCAGGUUCCUCCUUGCCUGACUCACGAGACCUCGCUGCCCUCACCCUGGGGCACGCCCGCUCUUACCCGGAAGAGACAUGGAUACCACGGCUCAUCAGGUGCCCCGGCACCGGUCAAGCUGCUGACAGAGCUGAAACUGCACUCCUCCAACCCCGUCCAUUCGGUUUCUUCUUCCUCGUCCUCAGGGGGCGACAUGGUGGUCAUCCACCCGGGCGCCGUGCUGGCCAUGGUGGACCUGCUGCCCUCCGUCUCCUCCGAAAGUCAGCCCGAGCACGCUUUGGACCUCCAGCUGGCGGUGGCCAACAUCCUGCAGCUGCUGGUGAACAGCGAAAGGAACCAGCAGGUCCUGUGCGAGGCGUCGCUGCACCAGCGUCUGCUGCAUCGAUGCAGCCAAGCGCUGGGCGAUGAGGACCACCCGCUGCACCCGCCACUGCAGCGCAUGUUCGAGAGGCUCGCCUCGCAGGCGCUGCAACCCAUGGCGCUCAGGGAGUUCCUCCGUUUGGGCAACCCUCUCAACUGCGGAGCAUGGGACAAGAAGCUGCUAAAGCAGUACCGCGUACACAAGCCCAGCUCGCUCAGCUACGACGCCGACAUGAGAGGCGGCAUGACAACGUCGAUGGAGGGCUUCGGUGCUGACAGUGUGUUCGCCACGCCGGCUGAAGACAGCGGCCAGUACAACGGCCAGUACCGCAUCAGCCGCAGCCUGGUACGCUCGGCUGAGGGCAGUACCGUGCCGCUCACCCGCGUCAAGUGUCUGGUCUCCAUGACCACGCCGCAUGACAUCCGACUGCACGGGUCUGCUGACACGCCCGCCUACGUUGAGUUUGACGCCUCGCUUGAGGGAUUCGGGUGUUUAUUCCUCCCCAGCCUGGCACCUCAUAAUGCACCCAGCAACAACACUAACACGUCAGGAGUCAGUGAUGGUGAUGUCAUCAGCGGCAUGGGGACAGGGGAGCGUCUGUUUCCUCCGCCCUCAGGCCUGAGCUACUCCACCUGGUUCUGCGUGGAGCGCUUUAGCGCACCGCCACAGAACCACCCAGUACGCCUUCUGACAGUGGUGCGCCGCGCCACGUCGUCGGAGCAACAUUACGUCUGCUUGGCCGUGGUGCUUUCGGCCAAAGACCGCUCGCUCACCGUUUCCACCAAGGAGGAACUGCUGCAGACCUACUCUGAUGAGUCAAGUGAAGAGGCAUCUUUCUAUGAAAUCCUUCCCUGCUGUGCCCGAUUCCGCUGUGGUGAGCUGAUUGCCGAGGGCCAGUGGCACCACCUGGUGUUGGUCAUGAGCAAGGGCAUGCUGAAGAACAGCAUGGCCACCCUCUACCUGGACGGACAGCUCGUCAACACUGUUAAGCUCCACUACGUCCAUAGCGUCCCAGGCGGCUCUGGCUCUGCCAACCCACCAGUGGCCAGUACAGUGUACGGCUAUGUAGGCACGCCACCAGCCCAGCGCCAACUUUCGGCGCUGGUGUGGCGCCUGGGGCCGUGCCAUUUCCUCGAGGAGGCGCUUCCUGCCACCAGCGUGGCCGCCAUUUUCGAGUUGGGCCCCACUAACGUGGGAAGCUUGCAGGCCGUCUACCUGCCAUGCAAGGAAUCCAAGGCGGAGGUGGCACCGGCUGCCCCUGUAGCGCUGGUGCCUGAGGAGAAGGUUUCCUUCAGCCUUUUCGCCGUCUCCGUGUCUACGCUAACUGUGGCUAAGAUCAGGAAGGUCUACAACAAGCUCGACAGCAAGGCCAUCGCCAAACAGCUGGCUGUGUCCUCCCACGAAAAUGCCACACCUGUCAAGCUGAUCCACAACGCGGCCGGCCACCUCAACGGUCCAGCCCGUACCAUCGGCGCUGCCGUCAUUGGCUACUUAGGCGUGCGUGCUUUCUCACCCAAGCCAGUUGCCACCAACCUGCAGUACGUAGGUGGGGCAGCAGCCAUUUUGGGUCUUGUCGCCAUGGCGUCGGACGUGGAGGGUCUGUACGCUGCUGUCAAAGCACUUGUCUGUGUGGUGAAGAGCAACCCGCUCGCUAGUAAAGAGAUGGAGCGCAUCAAGGGCUACCAGCUGCUGGCAAUGUUGCUGAAGAAGAAGCGCUCUCUGCUCAACAGCCACAUCCUGCACCUCACCUUCUCACUGGUGGGCACUGUGGACAGCGGUCACGAGACCUCCAUUAUUCCCAACUCCACCGCUUUCCAAGACCUUCUCUGUGAUUUUGAGGUUUGGCUCCACGCUCCUUACGAACUGCACCUUUCUCUCUUUGAGCAUUUCAUCGAGCUUCUGACAGAGUCAAGCGAGGCGGCCAAGAACGCCAGGCUUCUGCGCGAGUUCCAAUUGGUGCCCAGACUGCUGCUAACCCUGAGGGACACGUCACUGUCGCAGCCCACCGUUGCCGCCAUCAGCAAUGUGCUCAGCCUGCUGCUGCAGGGCUUUCCCAACCCUUACGACCUGCUCAGGUUCGGUCAGUUCUUGUCGUCCACGCUGCCCACGUUUGCAGUGUGCGAGAAAUUCGUGGUGAUGGAACUCAACAACGAGGAGAAGACGGAUGCAGGGAACGAGGAUGACUUUGGCGGCCUGUUGUCCGCAAACCUCAUCCUGCUCCGAAACAGGCUGCUGGACAACCUACUCAAGCUGCUCUUCAUCACCAAGGACAAGACGGCCAUCAACUCACAGGCAUGUGAAGAUCUGGUUCGCACCCUGGGGCUGGACUGGCUUCUGAUGUUCAUGGAGGAGCACCUUCACUCUAGCACGGUGGCGGCGGCUCUUUGGAUCCUCACCGUACUUCUGUCCAACCCGGCCGUCCUCCACCGCUUCAAGGAGGGCGCAUGCGGCGGCGGCUGGUUGGACCACACCGACUCCGUGCUCACCAACAAGAUCGGCACCGUGCUGGGCUUCAAUGUGGGACGCAAUGCCGGCGGCCGGUCUACGGUGCGGGAAAUCAACCGCGACGCAUGCCACUUCCCGGGCUUCCCGGUGCUACAGACACUGCUGCCCAAGCACACCAACGUACCCGAGCUCUACUUCCUGUUGAUGGCGCUCUUCCUGCAGCAGCCUGUCACUGAGCUGCCAGACAGCCUGCAGGUACAUUUCGAUCUGGACUCCAUGUGGACGUUCAUCUUCGGCGUGCCGGCAUCAAGCGCCACCGUGGUGGGCUCCAUUCACAGCGUGUGCACCGAGGCGGCCUUCCUUCUGCUCGCCAUGCUGCGCAGCAUGUUAAACCUGCCGUGGCAGUCAGAGGAGGAGGGCUCGUGGCUGCGUGACUACCCAGUGACGCUGAUGCAGUUCUUCCGCUACCUGUACCACAAUGUGCCCGACCUGGCCCCCAUGUGGCACAGUCCCGAUUUCCUGUGUGCGCUGGCCGCUUCCGUCUUUCCAUUCAACAUGAGACCUUACUCCGAGAUGGUGAGCGACCUGGAUGAUGAAGCAGGCUCUCCAAUCGAAGAGUUGAAGGCGUUUGUCUCUGAUUCGGGCAUGAACCGCAGCCAGUCUGAGUACUGCAACGUGGGUUCCAAGACGUCACUAACCAACCACCCUGCGAAGAAGUACGUAUUUGACUUUAUGCGGGCGCUCAUCAUGGACAACAUGUGCGUCACGCCCGCUACCAAGCAGACACCCAUCAUUGACCUGCUGCUAGAGGCGUCUCCCGAGCGUUCCACCAGAACUCAGCAGAAGGAGUUCCAGUCCAACAUCUUAGAUGGUGUCAUGGAGCACCUGCUGGCAGCUGAUGUUUUGCUUGGUGAGGACUCGUCCCUGCCACUCAGCAGCGGCGGCAGCUAUCAAAUCCUGGUGCACAAUGUCUUCUACUUUACUCAGCGCGUGGUGGACAAGCUUUGGCAGGGCAUGUUCAACAAGGACUCUAAAUUGGUUGUGGACUUCAUUGUGCAGCUCAUUGGACAGUCGAAAAGGCGUUCUCAAGGUCUUUCUCUGGACGCCGUGUACCACUGCCUAAACCGCACGGUGCUAUACCAAUUGUGCCGGCCGCACAAGACAGUGGCACAACAAGUGGCGCUGUUGGACGCGUUGCGCGUUCUCACGGUCAACCGCAACCUGGUGCUCGGCCCCGGCAAUCACGACCAGGACUUUGUGGCCUGCCUGGCUCACUGCUUCAUCUGUCUGCAUGCCGGAAGCAGCGUGGAGGGCUUCGGCCUAGAAGCGGAGGCCCGUAUGACCACUUGGCACGUCAUGAUGUCACCAGAAAAUGAGAACGACGCCGGGCACAACCAUGAUGUUAGCGAAGGGCGGCAGCUCCUCCUGAAGGCGGUGAACCGCGUGUGGACGGAGCUUAUGCACAGCAAGCGUCAGAUGCUGGAGGACAUCUUUAAGGUGUCAUUGCCUUGCAACGACCGCGGCCAUGUGGACAUCGCCACGGCCCGGCCUGCCCUGGAGGAGCCCGCUCUCAAGAGUUGGCAGAACCAUUUGGUUCACGAGAAGAAGUGCAUUAGCCGCGGCGAGGCGGCCGCACCGGCAGUGGCGACUCAGUCCAAACUGUCGCGGGUCAGCAGCGGUUUUGGCUUGUCCAAGCUAACGGGCGUGCGCCGCCACAAGAAGGAGAACAGCCUGAACAAGAACAGCCUCUCUGCACAGGAAGCUUUUCAGUGGAUGUUCACGCACAUAGCUGUGGUGAGAGACCUGGUGGCCAUGCAGUACAAAGAACAUCAAGAGCGGCAGCAGAACGCUCUCAAGUACGUGACAGAGGAAUGGGCGUCCAUCGAGUACGAGCUUCUCCGCGAGCGAGGCCUAUGGGGCCCUCCCAUCGGCUCCCACCUGGACAAGUUCAUGCUGGAGAUGACCGAAGGCCCCUGCCGCAUGCGCAAGAAGAUGGUGCGCAACGACAUGUUCUACAUCCACUACCCUUACAUCCCCGAGACUGAAAACAACACUAACACUGCACAGAAACCAGUGCGCUACCGUCGUGCCAUUAGCGCUGACAGCAAGGAGUACUACAUGCGCCUACUGUCGGGCAACCCCGGAAUGUACCAACAUUCUGUGGAGCACAGCAGUGAGGGCGAGACUACCCGACACGAACCCGAGCAUGGAGAGGAUACCAUCGCCAGGGUCAAAGGUCUGGUGAAGGCACCCCUUAAGCGCUCACGAUCCACAGCAGACGGCGGUGAUGAGGACGCUCAGGAUCAGAUCCAGGAUCAGCUUCUGGAUUCAGGCGGGCCUGAAGAGGAGCACCAGCAGCGUACUGACAACACCGCAUUGCUGCGACUACUGGAGGAGGGGGAGAAGAUCCAGCACAUGUACCGCUGUGCCCGUGUUCAAGGUCUGGACACCAGCGAAGGUUUGCUGCUCUUCGGAAAAGAACACUUCUACGUCAUCGAUGGCUACACCAUGACUGUGUCCAGAGAGAUCCGGGAUAUUGACACUCUGCCGCCAAACUUGCAUGAAGCCAUCAUACCCAGGGGUGCGCGCCAGGGUCAGAGUCAGCUGAAGCGGACCUGCAGUAUCUUCGCCUACGAGGACAUCAAGGAGGUACACAAGCGACGAUAUCUACUGCAGCCAAUGGCGGUGGAGGUGUUUUCUGCAGAUGGGAGGAAUUACCUGCUGGCCUUCCAGAAGGGCGUGCGCAACAAAGUCUACCAAAGGUUCCUGGCGGUGGUGCCGUCACUGGCUGAUAGCUCCGAGUCGGUAUCGGGACAGAGGCCGAACACCAGCGUGGAACAAGGGUCCGGCCUCCUCAGCACAUUAGUUGGUGAGAAGUCUGUGACUCAGCGUUGGGAGCGAGGGGAGAUCAGCAAUUUCCAGUACUUAAUGCAUCUCAACACAUUGGCGGGACGCUCCUACAACGACCUGAUGCAGUACCCCGUUUUCCCCUGGAUCCUCGCCGACUUUGACUCAGAGGAGCUGGACCUGAACAACCCCAAGACUUUCCGCAAUCUCGCCAAACCCAUGGGGGCACAGACGGACGACAGGUUGACGCAGUACAAGAAACGCUACAAGGACUGGGAGGACCCAAAUGGCGAAACUCCCGCCUACCACUACGGCACACACUACUCGUCCGCCAUGAUCGUGGCCUCCUACCUGGUGCGCAUGGAGCCUUUCACACAGAUUUUCCUCAGACUACAGGGUGGCCAUUUUGACCUGGCAGACAGGAUGUUCCACAGCGUGCGCGAAGCCUGGCUGUCUGCCGCCAAGCACAACAUGGCAGAUGUUAAGGAGCUCAUACCUGAAUUUUUCUACUUGCCGGAAUUCCUCCUCAACUCCAACAACUUUGACCUGGGCGCUAAGCAGAAUGGCACUAAACUUGGCGACGUCAUCCUUCCUCCGUGGGCCAAGGGUGACCCGCGGGAAUUCAUCCGGGUGCACAGAGAGGCGCUGGAGUGCGAUUAUGUGUCCGCGCACCUCCACGAGUGGAUCGAUUUGAUCUUUGGCUACAAGCAACAAGGUCCUCCCGCCGUGGAAGCUGUCAACGUUUUCCACCAUCUCUUCUACGAGGGCCAAGUGGACAUUUAUAACAUCAACGACCCCCUCAAGGAGACUGCCACCAUAGGAUUCAUCAACAACUUUGGGCAGAUCCCCAAACAGUUGUUUAAGAAGCCUCACCCGCCUAAACGGGUGCGCAGCAAAGCUAACGGUGAUGUGGCUAAUGUUCCGCCGAGCUCCACCGGUGACAAGAUCUUCUUUUAUCACUUGGACAACCUCAGACCCUCGCUAGCCCCUGUCAAAGAACUGAAGGAGCCAGUGGGUCAGAUCGUGUGCACUGACAAAGGCAUCCUGGCUGUAGAGCAGAACAAAGUGCUAACUCCACCUACGUGGAACAAGACGUUCGCAUGGGGCUACGCCGACCUUAGCUGCCGCCUGGCCAAUUAUGAGUCUGAUAAGGCAUUGGUCGUGUAUGAGUGUUUGUCUGAGUGGGGUCAGAUUUUGUGCGCCAUCUGCCCAAACCCUAAACUGAUUAUCACGGGCGGUACCAGUACGACCAUCUGCGUAUGGGAGACAGGAACGUCCAAAGAGCGGGCUAAAACACUCACUCUAAAGCAGGCGCUGCUGGGUCACACGGACGCUGUCACUUGUCUGACGGCGUCAUCCGCCUACCACAUUGUGGUGAGCGGCUCCAGGGACAGAACCUGCAUCGUGUGGGACCUCAACAAGCUUUCCUUCGUCACGCAGCUACGAGGGCACCGUGCUCCCGUUUCUGCGCUCUGCAUCAAUGAACUCACGGGCGAUAUCGUGUCGUGCGCGGGCACGCACAUCCACGUGUGGAGUAUCAACGGCAGCCCCAUUGCCAGCGCCAACACUUUCACCGGACGUAGCCAGAACAUCGCGUGCUGCUGCGUGUCCGAAAUGAAUGAGUGGGACACGCAUAACGUCAUCGUCACGGGACAUUCGGACGGUGUUGUCAGGUUUUGGAGAAUGGAGUUCCUACAAGUCCCUGAAACCCCUGCUCCUGAACCUGUGGAGCCCGACGUUCCCGACUGCUGCGGAGAUGAUAAACUCGAGGGUGGUGAUGAGGACAGCAGUGAAUCAGAUGGAGAAGAAGGAGGAGUAGCGGGAAAUGGUCUGAAUCAGGAGCCCAAAGCGCCGCGCAGUUCGUCUAGUCAGCCAGGCAGCGGUGUGCACAGACCCAGAGGUCCAUCGUCACGAGCCGGUGCCUCUUGGUCGAUGGACAGCGGCUCGGACGACUCCCACCGCUGGUCGGAUAGUCUGAGCAUCGACGAGAAGGACGGCUUUGUGUUUGUCAACUACUCGGAGGGUCAACAUAAGGUUGCGCACCCCCAUCACGCGCACCCACAUGGCCUCAGCAACACCACAACUCAGCUGCUGCACCCACCCGCCAUGGAGGCACGCGCCUUCAACCAGCUCAGGGCAGGCUACCGGUGGGAGCGACAGCUGGUAUUCCGCAGUAAACUCACCAUGCACACGGCGUUCGACCGCAAGGACAACGCGCACCCCGCUGAGAUCACUGCCCUCGCCAUCUCCAAAGACCACAGCAAGAUAUUGGUGGGCGACGGACGGGGACGUGUCUUCAGCUGGUCUGUGAGUGACCAACCCGGACGCUCGGCCGCCGACCACUGGGUGAAGGACGAGGUGGUGGACAGCUGUUCGGGUUGCGCCGUCCGAUUCUCCCUCACCGAGAGACGCCACCACUGCCGGAAUUGUGGACAACUGUUUUGUCAGAAGUGCAGUCGCUUCCAGUCGGAGAUCAAGCGUUUGAAGAUCUCAUCUCCGGUGCGUGUGUGUCACAACUGCUACUGCAACCUUCAGCACGAGCGCACGGCCAACGACGAACACAAAACUUGAGCGCCCCCGCCAAACUCCCCGAGGUGUGUUUAUAGUGUACAUACAUGUAACCACAGCCUUUUUAACUCUCAGAUUUAAAAAAAAAAAAAAAAAAAAAAAAAAGGUCCAAUGUAACAUAGCGGCUAGCAGGUGGAUAUCAAAGAGAAAUGAAUGUCACUCAUGAAUUUUGUCACUCGUUAUGCAACAGUUCCUUUUUUUUCCCACCCCUUUUGUUGAAUUAAGUUGCUGCUUCCUGAAGAGACUGGAGAGGGAUGAUGUUGAAAUAUCAUAUCUUAUUUCUGAAAAUAACUUUAUUCAUAAUGUUUGCUCAGUCUUGAGUUUGUGUACAGGAUUUUCUAUCAAAAGGGACUCUUCUUGUAUGUAAGUGUCAGUUUUUUUUUUUUAAAUAUAACAUUUGUUGACAGCUGUGAUUAUCGUCAUCAUCAUAAUGAUCUUGUUAAUUAAUCAUGACAAAAAACAUGUUCGAGAUAUCAUUUGGAUUGCAAAAAGCAGGAAUGUAAACGCAUUAAAACACAGUGGUUAUUAUGUAUAUGCAUUUUUUUUGUGCGAUUUGAACCUGGUUGCAGCCACAAAUGAAGGAAAAUCAAUAAAAAGAACAGGAGUGCUGUUUUAUCCCAAAAUGAUGGUAUUUUUUCUUCUGAAUAAAAAAAAUAUUCUAAAAUGAUGGUUCAAGCUAUUUGGAACUGGUGAAUGCAAAUUUAACAUCAAGUUAAUUACUCCUCACCACUAUUUGGCACGACAUUGUGAGACUAGUUCGAAUGUGAAAACCAUAUUUUAAUGUGAAAUCUAUCAUGUUAAAAUGUUAGUUGAAAUGUGAAAUUUACCACGUUUUUAAGUGAAAAUUACAGUGGUAUGAAAAAGUAUCUGAUUCUUUUGGAAUUUCUCACAUUUCUGCAUAAAAUCACCAUCAAAUGUUAUCUGACCUAUGUCAAAAUCACACAGAUGAAAAAACAGUGUCUGCUUUAACUAAAACCACCCAAACUUUUAUAGGUUUUCAUAUAUUAAUGGGGAUAGUACGCAAAGAAUGACAGAAGGAGGAAAAAUAAGUAAGAGAACCAUCACAUUUAAUAUUUUGUGGCCCCCCGUUUGGCAGCAAUAACUUCAACCAGAUGCUUCCUGUAGCGGCAGAUCAGUCUGGCACAUCGAUCAGGACUAAUCUUGACCCAUUCUUCUCUACAAAACUGCUACAGUACAAUCAGAUUCCUGGGAUGAAUCACUGUCUUUAGGUCAUGCCACAGCAUCUCAAUGGGGUUCAAGUCUGGACUUCAACUUGGCCACUUCAGAACGUGUAUUUUGUUCUACUGAAACCAUUCUGAAGUUGAUUUACUUCCACAAACGUACAAAAAUAUAAACCGCUUAUUUUUUUAUUUAGAAAUGGGUUGUUUAACAGUGGUAUCGCAGAAACUCUUGUAACGAUUAUUGUUGUAUCGCCAUAUCGUGUGAUAAUCAUGAGCCUCAUAUUGCAAAUCAUAUGGUAUCGUGAAGUCAGGAUGGUUUUGUCCCCUUUCCCAGCUUUAUACAAGUCAACAAGUCGCAGGUCUUCAGACAGCUCUUUUGACCAAACCGUAUUGCACUUCAGACAAUGCUUCUCAUCAAGACAUUUCUUACCAGGUGUGUGUUUUAUAGUGGGCAGGGCAGCUUUAAACCACUCAUCAGUGAUUAGACACACACCAGAAUUAAACUGUUUGAUAAAAAUGAGUUUCAAAUGCUCUUUAAGUCUCCUCAGGGAAGGGGUUCACUUACUCAUUUUUCCCCCUUCUGUCAUUGUCUGCAUACUAUCCUCGUUCAAAUAUGAAAACUUAUAAAUGUUCAGGAUGUUUCAGUUAAAGCAGACACUGUUUUUUCGUCUGUGUGAUUUUGACAAAGAUCAGCUCACAUUUGAUGGUGAUUUUAUGCACAAAUGUGAGAAAUUCCAAAAGGUUCAGAUACUUGUUCAUACCACUGUAUCAUGUUAAAACAAUACAAUCAUGUGACUUUUCAUAUGAACUCUUUCCGUGCCAUUGACGGCACAGUCAAAAUCGAUUGGACGUCUAUCGCCGUCAAUGGCACGGAAAGAGUUCAACUUGAAGUGAAUGUCUCUAAGCUGAGAGUUUAUUCAUGAAAUAUAUACAAAUAGUGUCUCCUUUCGUUCAGAAAUGGAAUUUGUAAAAUAAUAUUAUGUCUUUAAAUGUGAAUUUAUAACAUCCGAACAUAUUAACAAUAUUAAUAUUGUUUCUGUGUGGGAGACUCUUUUGUAAUACUUUUUUAUGUUCAUAUCAAACUUAAGAUUUUGGAGGCCAAAAGACAAAAUGGCUGCGACCAGGUUCACAGGUGGUUACGGCCAUUGUUGAUGAUGUCACCGUGUUGGGUGUUGGCGCGUCCUUGUCAAUCAUCUGUGUACAAAAGAGCAUUUCUUUAGUUGACUUUGAGUUUUUAUAUUAAAAUGUUCACAUAGUCACGGACAACAUUUCACCUGUAAAAAGUAUUUAUGCAAUGAUGGCUGCUUUUACAUAGUUUUUUUUUUUUUUUUUUUUUUAAUUGUUGCAUGACGUCAGCGGAUUGACGCCGCAUCAACAACAAGAUUUUCUUCUUCUUGUCGCCAUUGUCGUUGUUUUUUUGUGCGUUUCUGUCGCGUUUUCAAGGAAAACACACUUUUUUUGUGGGCUGGGCCCAACACUCGUCACUCAAGAGGACACGAAAUUGUGAAAAAAUCAAAUACGUGUGCGGAUUGCGCGUGGGAUCUACUAUUAAAUGACUUUGCGAGUAUCUGCUGUGCAAUCUGUGCUACAUGAAUGUUUCUUCUUCCUCGUGUGUUUGUGUUCACACGCCACAAACCAUGUUGUAAAAAAAAAAGAACAAAUCUUACACCCUUGUCAUGGAAACAAGAUGUUACAAUAAUGCAAUAGAGCUUACUUAUUCUUUAGCCUUUCAAUAAAUAAUUGCUGUUUACCACCAAA